UUUGUAUCUGUUCAAACUAGGAUUAGCACCGCAGAUCCAGGACCUACUGGGAAAAGUAGACUUCACAGAGGAAGAAAUCAGCAACAUGCGAAAAGAGCUAGAGAAGUAUGGUAUACAGAUGCCAUCUUUCAGUAAAAUUGGUGGGAUUCUGGCCAGUGAAUUAUCAGUGGAUGAAGCUGCAUUGCAUGCAGCAGUAAUAGCAAUUAACGAAGCUAUUGAGAAGGGAAUAGCUGAGCAAACUAUCACAACGCUGAUGAACCCAAACGCAAUGUUGCUAAACGUGGAUGAGGAACUUGCACAAGACUAUCAGAAUGAACUCUUUGAAGCUAAAAGGAGAAAAGAAUCAAAUUCAAGACUUAAGAACGGCACUAUCUCUGAGGAAGAGAGAGACGUCUAUGAAGAGCUGCUGACACAAGAUGAGAUUCAAGGCAAUAUCAAUAAGAUAAACAUUCAUGUAGGUUUAGACCAUGUGAAUGAGGCUAUUGACUGGCAAGAUGAAGUGGCACUGAUGGCAGAACUUAUAGCAGUUGACAAUAUCAAUACUGCAAUUUGUAACUGUGAUCCUAGUAAAACAGUCGUUGCACUGAUGAAACCGGAGGCACAGCUGCCUGUUGUUCACUCAUUUGCUGCUGCUCUUUAUCAGACUGAGCUGUUCAACCUCCAACAACAGAAUGCUGUGAACUACCUGGCACAUGAUGAACUGUCUAUUGCAGUAGAAAUGUUGUCAGCUGUUGUGUUGCUAAACCAGGCCUUGGAAAAUAAGGACAUCCUAAAGAUAAAGAAUCACCUCAGAAACCCAUGCAUUUGCUUCAAUAAUCUGGAAGAGGAAAACUUUGAACGCUAUGCUGAUACAAUAUUGUCUAUUAAGUCAGAGGCUUCAUCUCAAGGCCAAGAUUAUUUAAGCUGGAAUGAUAUCCAGAACUGCAUUGACAUGGUUAAUAUGCAAAUUCAAGAAGAAAAUGAAAGAAUUAUUGCAAUUGGCCACAUUAAUGAAGCAAUUGACCGAGGAUAUCCUGAGAAAACUCUAGAAGCCCUACUGUUGCCCACAGCCAAGCUGCAAGACGUGAGACCAAUAAAUGCAAGGCAUUAUCAAGAUAUUCUGCACUGCGCCAAAGCACAGAAGUGCAAG